CGGAUAUUUAAAAGGUCAAGAUUUAUGAUCGAUUACGGGUAGUAAGGUGCACCUUCGUACGGACGCGUGUGAACUAAAUCGCUGUAUAACUCCCAGAGGCGCUAAUAACCGGUGCUAUCCGCUUAUUAAUCCUUUGCAUAAAUAUUCCUGUCAGCCAAGCUAAACUGCCUUUAAGAGAUGAUCAAUUUCAAGCGUAAAUACGAAGACCUUUAACUACCGUGUGAAACUACUAUCAAGAAUCAUAACAACACAAACGCGCAAUAACAGAGAAACGGAGACACGUGCGAUCUGGUUUCUCAAAUACACAAGAUGAGUGACAGAGUUAUCAUUAAAUUCUCAUCACAGAAAUGAUGGUGAUGAAAAAUUGAAUAAAAUUGUAGUGGAAACCCAUUACAUUGCACAUGUAUUUUAAUUUCAAAUUGGACGACAGUAUUUUAACAUCUGUGACAAAGUUUUAAACUCGUUAACUUCAGUUUCGAAAAGUUUUUAACAAUUUCACCCAGGGGACGUAAUUUUAUUCAGCGGCAUGGAGGGCAAGUUUCAGAAUAGAAACACUGAGGAUGGCGCAGCAGAGAACAAUGAUUCGAACAACAGAAAAUCCCCGUUAACAUUGAACGUCUCCGGUCUUUGGGACGUCGUGCCCAGGCUUGACCACUACAGGUUAAGCAGAAGAGCUAAACGGCCGUCGCUGAGUGAUUUGCACGAAGAAAAUCCCGUAAAGGACGCAAAUAUUGAGACAGGACAGCCGAACGGCGGAGCAAAACCUUAUGAGGGAAUAAAGUUGGGAUGGAUUCAAGGGGUCCUAAUACCAUGCCUCCUCAAUAUCUGGGGUGUGAUGCUUUUUCUGCGUCUCUCCUGGGUCGUAGCACACGCCGGGAUCCUCGAGAGUCUCAUCAUCAUUGCGAUAUCAGCGGUGGUCUGCGUCAUUACAACGUUGAGUCUCAGUGCCAUUAGUACAAAUGGAGAAGUUAAGGGAGGGGGUAUUUAUUACAUCAUAUCGAGAUCUCUGGGUCCUGAAUUCGGGGCAUCUGUCGGCAUCGUCUUCGCGUUUGCAAAUGCUGUGGCAGCCUCUAUGAACACGAUCGGAUUCUGCGACUCGCUGAACGAUCUGUUGAAGGAAAAUGGGCUUCAGAUCACCGGCGAUACCACAAAUGACGUCAGACUAGUCGGAGUCAUUGCUGUCCUGGUCAUGAUCUUGAUAUGUGCUAUUGGCAUGGAAUGGGAAUCCAAGGCACAAAAUUUCUUGAUUGCUAUCAUUGUAGCCGCAAUCUUCGACUUCAUCAUUGGAACUAUUAUCGGCCCGAGUACUCAAGAACAAGUGGCGCAGGGUUUCACUGGAUUUUCAUCGGAGGUCUUCAUGACGAACUGGGUCCCGGAUUACCGGUAUUCCGAAAACAAAGAUCAAACCUUCUUUUCGGUAUUUGCCAUUUUCUUCCCCUCCGUGACCGGCAUCCAGGCCGGCGCAAAUAUUUCCGGUGACUUGAAAGACCCGGCGAAAAGCAUCCCCAAAGGAACGUUACUAGCCCUGCUCAUCUCUAUGAUCAGCUACGCGACGUUCGUACUUUUUGCCGGCGGUGCAGCCCUGAGGGAUGCAAGUGGAGAAGUGUUCAAUGGAACUAUCGUUGAAUGCACCAACUGUACUUACGGGCUGCACAACAGUUACUCGGUGAUGCAACUAAUGUCCGUAUGGGGCCCCUUCAUUUACGCCGGGUGUUUCGCAGCCACACUAUCCACAGCUCUUACCAAUUUGCUCUCAGUUCCUCGACUUAUUCAGGCACUUGGGAUCGAUAGAAUUUAUCCUGGGUUAAUAUUCUUCAGCAAGGGUUACGGCAAAGCUGGAGAACCGUACAGGGGUUACGUCUUAACCUUUUUGGUCGCAUCGCUUUUCGUUCUCAUUGCAAAUUUAAACGCGAUUGCACCACUCAUUUCGAACUUCUACCUUGCUUCAUACGCGCUUAUUAACUUCUGUACCUUCCACGCUGCUCUCGUGAGGCCGUUGGGAUGGAGGCCAACCUUUAAGUACUACAACACCUGGUUAUCUUUGGCGGGUUUCAUCUUGUGCGUGGCCAUCAUGUUCCUGAUUGACUGGAAAAUGUCACUCGUAACCUUCAUUAUUAUUUUCGCUCUCUAUCUUAUCGUCGUCUAUCGGAAACCGGAUGUCAACUGGGGCAGCAGCACUCAAGCUCAGACCUACAAAACCGCUUUAUCAAUAGUUUAUAGACUAAAUUCAACCGAUGAGCACGUGAAAAAUUAUGCCCCUCAAAUUCUGGCUUUAACAGGACAGCCGAACGCCAGACCAGCCUUGCUUCAUCUGGCAAAUCUUAUUACGAAAAAUAACUCGCUUCUACUUUGCGGUGAAAUACAUCCUACGCGUUUGUCUUAUAGAAUACGAUCAACGCAUCUCCGGGCUGGAUAUGCAUGGCUUCACCGCCACCGCAUUAAGGCCUUUUAUCACGUCGUGGAAAGCCUCGGAUUGGAAACCGGUGCUUCAGCCUUGAUGCAAGCAGCAGGUGUCGGGCGACUUGCUCCCAACGUUGUCCUCAUGGGAUAUAAAACACACUGGGCAACUUGUGAGAGAAGAGAACUUCAAGAAUACUUCAACGUUCUCCACAACACUUUUGACAAUCGCAUGGCUGUAGCAAUUUUACGCAUUGCGGAAGGGUUGGAUUGUUCUGGUUCUGGAAACGGCGUUAGCGAUGAUCAAGAACCUCAUGCUUUGGCCCAAAGCAGUUAUGACUUGGCCGGAAAUGCACUCAUGCAUGCAGACAGUGAUCUUUCGAUCAGCACCGGCAUUUCUCGCGUGCACAGCGUUCCCAGCAUCGCUACGCAGUACACACCGAAUGAUAAUGUGAGUUUAAAGUCUGUACCGAAUAAUGGCAGUGCUCGCGACCAGUUGAAGAAUAAGAAGAAAAUAACAACUGACAAAUUGUUAAUCGGAAACGGAAUCUCAACGGCUCCAGAGUACAUGACCAUUUUUCAGAAGAAACACAAAAACGGUGUGCUCGACGUUUGGUGGCUCUACGACGACGGAGGUCUCACAAUCCUUUUACCAUACAUAAUUAGCACGAGAGCUAACUGGGAGAGUUGUAAAAUGAGAAUCUUCGCCCUAGCAAAUCACAAGCAAGAAAUAGCUGCUGAAGAGAAAGAAAUGGCGGAAAUAAUGAACAAAUUUCGUAUCAAGUACACCAGUUUGAAAAUGGUAGAUGACAUCAGUGUCCAACCACAGCCUGAGACUCAGAGAUUCUUCGAUACGCUUAUAUCCGGUUUCAGAGAAAAGGAUGGAGUUAACAACACUGAUUAUACUGUCACGGAAGCGGAGCUGCAGAAUUUGCGUGAUAAAACGAAUCGUCAAUUACGACUCCGCGAAUUGCUGUUAGAGAACUCGAGUGAAUCAACGUUUGUCGUAAUGUCCUUGCCAAUGCCAAGAAAGAGCGCAGUGUCAGCAGCCCUUUACAUGGCAUGGCUGGAAGCCUUGACGAGAGACAUGCCUCCGACCCUUUUAGUGCGAGGGAAUCACACGUCUGUGCUGACCUUUUAUUCGUAGUCUAGCUUAAAUUUCAUCUGACUGCAAGCAGACACUUACAUAUACUCGAUUAACGAUCAUUCAUUAUAGGAAGUAAUUAUAACGAGCAAGCUCUUCUACUGUAAUUGCAGAAGAGACUAGAUCACAUAGAUUCAGCGUUGCAGGUGGCAUUGCCAUAUAACAUAAUCAAUUUAUUUAACCCACUGUAGACCAGGGGAUUUUAUCUCUUCUUAUAAUGAAUUUUGUACUACGAUUCAUACUUGUACGUAGAUAAUUAUAAAUCAAUAUUCGGAGGCAGUUAAUAACUUGCAUUUAUGAAACUAUGGCACAACAAUAUGUUCUUAUUAUACUUGUACUUUUCAGUACUAAGAAUUUCUCAUCGACUGACGUUGUGCAGCGUGGUUGCAAAGAUUUUAGAGAAAAUUAUUAACGUUAAAUUUUUCAACGUAGACAUUUUAAGCAACAAAUUGUCACUAGAUUAGUUAAUGUAGAAUACGAACCAUAGCGUAGAGUUCAUCAUUAUUAAUUUUAUACAAUGAACAGUACUUAGUAUUUAUUUCCGUUAUUUUACUGCAUUUUGUUUUUAUUUUUAUUUUUUCGAAAUUUUUUUUUCUUGUUUUAUAUAUCACAAUAAAUCACGCUCCCAUACUUGUAUGAUGUGCGUUAAUCCAAGCUUGAGAUGAAGUAUGACAAUA